GCCCAGCCCCUCGGCGGGCAGCUCCCCGCCUCACCGGGAGGCGCUCCCCGCACGCCGCCCACCGCCGAAGGAACAAAAGGGGCGGCUGCAUGGUGGCAAGCGAGCGCCCGGCUGCUCCCGCCCCGCUCCGCGCCCCGCUCCGCUCCCCGCCACCAUGUCGGGCAGCGGCGGCGGCAGCAGCGCGGUGAAGAAGAGGAGCCCGGCGGGCUCGGCCUCCUCCAUGGCUCAGGAGGAGGAGAAGCAGGCGCUGGAGAAGAUGCUGGAGGCGGCCGGAGGGGCGCAGGAGAACGGCUGCACCCGCACGCCUUCACCCGCCGCCGCUCCCGCUGAAGGCGAGGGGGUGGCCUUGCAGCGCUCCAUCACGCUCAUCAACGGCGUGGCCAUCAUCGUGGGGACCAUCAUCGGCUCCGGCAUCUUCGUCACCCCCACCGGCGUGCUGCGGGAGGCCGGCUCGCCGGGGCUGUCGCUGGUGGUGUGGGCCGUGUGCGGGGCCUUCUCCAUCGUGGGAGCCCUGUGCUACGCCGAGCUGGGCACCACCAUCACCAAGUCCGGCGGGGACUAUGCCUACAUGCUGGAGGUGUACGGCUCCCUGCCCGCCUUCCUCAAGCUCUGGAUAGAGCUGCUCAUCAUCCGGCCCUCCUCGCAGUACAUCGUCGCUCUGGUUUUCGCCACCUACCUGCUCAAACCCAUCUUCCCCACCUGCCCGGUGCCCGACGAAGCCGCCAAGCUGGUGGCCUGCCUCUGUGUCCUGCUGCUCACAGCAGUGAACUGCUACAGUGUGAAAGCUGCUACCCGCGUCCAGGAUGCCUUUGCUGCGGCGAAGCUGCUGGCGCUGGCUUUGAUCAUCAUUCUUGGCUUCGUUCAGAUUGCAAAGGGUGAUGUGACGAGCCUGACUCCUGAGCACUCCUUUGAAAACACGAAGGUGGGCGUGGGGAACAUCGUGCUGGCCUUGUACAGUGGUCUUUUUGCCUAUGGAGGAUGGAAUUACUUGAAUUUUGUUACAGAAGAGAUGAUAAAUCCCUACAGAAACCUGCCUCUGGCUAUCAUCAUCUCACUACCUGUAGUCACUUUGGUUUAUGUGCUGACAAACUUGGCUUACUUCACGACCCUGUCGACGGAGCAGAUGCUGACGUCCGAAGCCGUGGCUGUGGACUUCGGGAAUUACCACCUUGGUGUCAUGUCCUGGAUCAUACCUGUCUUUGUGGGCUUAUCGUGCUUCGGGUCCGUUAAUGGAUCUCUCUUCACCUCUUCCCGGCUGUUCUUCGUUGGAUCCCGAGAAGGACACCUACCUUCAAUCCUCUCUAUGAUUCACCCGAGGCUUCUCACUCCCGUGCCAUCCCUCGUCUUUACGUGUGUCAUGACUCUACUUUAUGCCUUCUCCAAUGACAUUUUCUCAGUCAUCAACUUCUUCAGCUUCUUCAACUGGCUGUGUGUGGCCCUGGCCAUCAUUGGCAUGAUGUGGCUGCGUUACAAGAAGCCGGAGCUGGAAAGGCCCAUCAAGGUGAACAUCUGCCUGCCCAUUUUCUUCAUCCUGGCUUGCUUGUUUCUCAUCGCUGUUUCCUUCUGGAUGACACCAAAGGAAUGUGGGAUCGGCUUUGCCAUUAUCUUCAGCGGGAUUCCUUUUUACUUGUUCGGGGUCUGGUGGCAAAACAAGCCCAAGUGGAUUCUCCAAGGCAUCUUCCACGCGACAGCCAUGUGCCAGAAACUGAUGGAAGUGGUUCCGCAAGAAUCGUAAGCAGGAAAAGCAGAGACGUUCGGCUCGAGGAAACGCACAAUAUUAAGACGACACAAGGAGAAAACACUUCUGAUCCCUCAUCAAUAAAACCUAAGCACUGGAGCACCCUGUCAGAACUGCUUCAUGUCUGACACCGUGCCGCCUGCUCUGCCUUGCCUCCUCCCGCCCUCCUGCUGCUGCCUGAGGAGUUCUCGGUACGAACGUGGGCCAGGAAGAGGAAUUCCUGCCGGCGACUUCUUGGGCCUCCAGCCAGCCUCUGUGCGUGCGUGUGCGUGUGAUACUGAGGGCUGCGCCUCGGUUCCGUGUGGGCUGGGUUGCUGCAGGGUUUUCAAAACUAAAAUGAGCGGUGAGCCUGACCCACCUGGCCUACCUGGUCGGGGGGUGGGUGGGAAGCAAGGGUUGGCUGAGGGCUUGGGCUGGUGCUGGCUCUCACGCACGCUCAAGCUCACACCCAGAUCCGUGCUUUGCGUUCUGUCCAGGGGGUGCCACUGGUGGUGAUGGGUAGAGGUGAGACAAGGCAGAGCAGAACUAGUGUCAGAGAAACGGGAGUGAGGAGGCCUCGUCUGACUUUACUGUCUGGUCCCCUGCCAUUGCGUGGCUGUAGCUCUCAGCUCCCAGCCGUCUCCUGCUGUUGACCUGGUUUGCUGGGAUGCCCUUCACGAAAAUGCCCACCCUGAGCCCUGUGUGACAGCGCUGGGAUGGAGCAGGCCCAGGCGUGGAGUUCCUCCCAGUUAGCCCAGGGAACUGCAGGAGGUCAGUUCCGUAGCCUGCUCACUCCUUGUUUUCUUGUAGCUGUCAUCCAGCGUGGGGUGAGCCCCGCUUGGCCCUGUCCUUGCCGUCAGGGUGACCCGUACUUGCCCCUAAGCCAACUCCAAAGAUGAAAUAUGGGUGGGAUUCUCCUGGCUUGUUCCCUGGGUUCCGCGUGGGAGAUAGGACCAGCUGGGUCUGGGGGUUAGAAAGGGGUGCACACCCUGAUGGCUGGGGCCUGCUUUAAUCCUGGUCUCCUGUUCUGCUCAAGGAAGCCAGGACUGGAGGCUCCUUGAACGAGUGGCUCAUAUUGCCUCUGCACUCCAGGUGAUAGUCAAUUGGAACUCAAAUGCAUCUUUUCCCCACCCGUAAGCUGCACUUGUCUCUGUUACAAUCUUCUUUGUGCUUGUGCUUUAGGAAGUGGUUGUUGAUUUCUUUUCUCUACCAACCUUUUGUAAAUUAAGCUGUUUGGAAGCUGGCAUCCUCCAAGAGCAAUUGCUACUUACUGGAUUCUCCUCUUAGCACAGAGUCAUUUUGGAGAAGAGGCAUUAAGGACACCAAUGGUACUACUAGCUCAUGCACUGUCCUUUUAAGAAGCUCUUCAGCAAAACAAAGCUUUUAUGUUAUAGCAGGUAGCAGCUUCUGUCCUGUGUGGCAGUGACCACAGCCACGUCCCACACGUGUCUACGUGCAGCUCCUUGCUAUUGCUUUGCCAGGCGUGCAUCUUUGCUUUAAGGCAGGAAUAGGUGAGACAAUCAUCACGCUGAAACCUUUGUGGUCACAUUGCUUAUUCCAUGGCAAUACAGUGCAGAGAGACCCAGCCCAACUCAGCUGCGCUUCACGCGCAUCAACGCAGAGCUCUGCUUGAGCUGAGUUAGCCUAUGGAGAAUUGCAGCUGGUUGGGGUAUGUCUGCAGUGCAGAAGUACCCAAAGUUCUGGCCGGUGCAUGGCUGUUCAGGGACCUACGUGCAAUGAAUUGGAGCAUCUCAGAGCCAGUGCCCAUGGAGAGACGUUUGCAUAGAUAAGGUCGUGAAUUACAUAAAUCCUGAACUCCGUUUUCCCUCUUUACGAGGAGUCCUCCUCCAGCUGAAGGCUGAGAUGUUUUUGCAGGGUAGCGAUGGGAAGUCGCUCCUUAUGGGCCUGUUUAGUGGAGAAAAACCUGGCUCUCCCCUUCCCCUUUGGUCUUGGCAGUUUUUGGCUGCAGUGGUCUCAGGACUGGUUUCCUGCGGGGCCUGGAUGGAAUUUAGGGACUCUCAGUGCUAAUAAUAUAAACCAGCAGAAUUAACUCGAGUACUAAUUUACAUCAGAUAUAACUUGCAUCACAAGACCAAUCCACAGAGAGCUCAGAAAUGGGUCCAAGUCUCCCAAACGUGUGGGGAUUGCUUGGUUUGGGCAUAUCUCUUAAUGAGUUUCAUCAGUGAUGAAGACCAUCAAUAAACGAUAUCCUCUUGGUGACCCUUUCACACUGGUUUUACAGAGGAGAUGUCACACUGAGAUUUAUUUUUUUAUUAACUGAUCUUAAUUAAAACCUUAACUCGCUCGCUUGCUUUUUAAGAACGUUGAUUAUUUUCUACUUGCUGCUAAAGAUCUUUCUGUUGUGCUACUAACCUGCUGCCUCUGGCAUUGACGUUGCACGUUGUGCAGUGACCUCGUUUCCGCAGCAAUAGAGGUACAGGGAGGAACCGAACCAGGCACCAGCACAAAUUCACACAACUUUUGUAUUGGGCCAGCUCAGAUCUCAGCCCUCCCAAAGCCCGAUUUCUUUUAUCCCCGAUUCAUGGAGGCCGCUUGUUCCCCUCUGCCAGAGCUUGGUGGCAUGGCUGGUAGAGAAGGCUUUUUACACUCGAGAUUAGGGAGGUGAUAAAUAAGCAGAUAAGAGCGACUUUCAUUUCAGCAAGGAAAUGUGACUAAAGCCGUUUCUCCAAGGGGUGAAAGCUGUAAGUCACCACGGCUCCGUGGUCAUGUCUCUGCAGGCGUUACCACGCAGUGAGCAUUGCACCAAGCUGAGCCCCUGUCCCUUCCUGCGCUUCAUGCAGCUUGGUUUUGAGUCUUUGGAGUCCCAGCAUUGUGGGUAUUAUGGAACCGCGUCCCGUGGAAUUCAGCGGAGGCUGCAGCCCAUGGCUUUGCUUUGGGUUCCUCUUCCUGGUAAACACACCAUUGUGUUCCAGCGGUCCUCUCUGUGUGCUGCUGAGUUCAAAGGGGUUCUGGCUCUUGCACAAACUUUCAGGACCCGUUGGGUGGAAGCUGGUGCAGGGAGGCUUUGUUCUCUGUGUGCUGUGUGUUUCCCACAGCCCUCCCCCAGCACCAUGGGGAGAGCUGUGCGGUGCUGCCUGGCCCUGCAGGAAGGCUUCCUCUUUCUGCUGCUGCCCGUGCCUUUAGCCAUGGCCACAGUGCUCUCGGGCUUCAGUAAGAAUCCAAAAGGAAGAAAACAGCUGCGUGCUGUCCUUAUGCAACACGCUGGCUGCCCGGGUGGCACAGCAGCUUGUGCACAACCCCGUUCCCAAAGACAUCUGAAGGGAAAGGCACAGCGUGGCCAGACCCUGGUGGGGUUUUGCCUUCACAAGCUGCUGAAGCCACACUGCAGCUGGGGGAGGGCAGCCUGGGGGCUGUGCUGAGGCUGGGCACCUCACCAGAGCUCUGCACCACGGUCCCACCUCUGUCCGUGGAGCGGAUGGGAGGUGGUCCUGUGAUGGCUGAGCCCUCGGCCCUGAGCUGUUGCAGGGCUCUCCUUUGCUGUUUGCUUCAGGAGGGGCUGCAGCCCUGUACUGGCUUUGCCCAUGCAUGGGAAGUUUCUUCCCAGUUUACACGAUCCAAACUGGAAGUGGCAAUGGGGCGAGGGCUGCCCAGGGUCCAGCCGUAGCCCCUGGUAUGGCACAGCCCUCUCCCCGGUCACAGUGGUUGGCAAUGUCCCUUGGGUUAGGUCAUCCCUAAGGAACCAAUGUCCAGAGGAUUUUCUUUGCUUCGAGCUCCUCACAUGAGAAGGGGCGUUGCAUCCCCCAGCUGCAGAGCGUCAACGA